AUGGCUUCACUCGCCUCUGUCCAGCUUGGCCUGCUUGGGUCCGGCGCCCAUAGUUUCCGCCGUUCCUCGCUGUCUGUGGUCGCCUCGUCCAUCAGAGCACUGAAUCGCCAGUCGUCCGGGAGACCCGCUCGUGUGCACGGCGUCCGCCUGUCUGAGGGCCCGAUUUACGAGGCCGUCUCCUAUGUCUGGGGCAGCAGCCAGAAGCCAGCGCGGAUCUCAUGCGAUGGCAGCGAUCUGGCCAUCACGGCCAACAUUGACGCCGGCGAGCCGGUCGAACGCGGCUACCAGGUCGCCAUGAUGGGCGACAUCUACCGCCACGCUGCCGCCACCGUCAUCGUGCUGGGCACCGAUCCGUCUGGCCAUACACCUCGCCUGGCUGCGCUCGUGGCCGAUCUCGAUCCCCGCUGGCCGUCCUACACGGCCCUCUUCGACAGCCCCUGGUUUGAUCGCGUCUGGACGGCCCAGGAGUCUGCCCUCAGCCGCAAACCGCUCAUCCUCUGGGGCGACACCCAAAUCGCCUGGGCCGACAUCAUCGGCGUCCACCGCUGGCUCGUCAUGCAUGCCCAGCGCAUCUGGUUCCGACACCGGCUCAUGCUCAACGACGUCCACGAACUCAGCUUCUGGCGGCCCCUCUGGCACAUGCCCAACUCUGUCGAGCUGCUCUGCCGUGCCAAGACGCUCGACUGCAGCGACGACCGUGACCGUAUCUUUGCCUUUCUUAGCUCCGCCAAGGCUUACGUCGUCGUUGGUGGUGACGGUGAGGGCGUCGGCUCCGAUAAGGGUACCCUCAAUACCCGGACCAACUACCGGAAGCCCUUUCGCGAGGUCUAUCGCGACUUUGCCGCCGACUGGCUGCUCAAGACCGGAAACCUCUGUCUCCUAUCUGCCGUCGAGCACACGUCCGACACGUUUGCCGACCCUAUCGUCCCAACGUGGGCCCCUCGCUGGGACGUUUGUCCGACCGGCAGCAGCUACGGCCUCUUCGACCCGGGCUGCAAUGCUUCCAACGGUCUUGGUGCCGUUCGCCCCGUGCUAGACUCGCAGACCAAGCAGCCUAAGCUCCGCGGCAUCGUCUGCGACACUGUCGUCCGGUGCUGGCCCCGCCGCUCAGCCUCGCCCACCGGCGCAGACGUCCUGACCGCUGCUUGGAAGUACCUCUCCUCUGACGCUGCCCCGUUCGCCUACGAGGACCGCUCGCAGCUCCAGGCUUUUGCCCAGCUGCUCUGCCGCCAGAAGUACCACGAAACCGGGGCUCCAGACGAGUUGCAUGCCGACGAGGCAGCUUUUGCCCCAGCUAUGUGUCGCGCGACCGGCUGCUUUGGUGAUGUCAAUGAAGCCUCGCUUGAGACAUCCACCCAGGUCGGCCGCAUUGAAGACUUUCUCAUCAAGACGGGCAUCUGGGCUGUCCGCCGACGGCUUGUCCUCACCCAUGAUGGCCGCUAUGUCCUGGCCUCGCGGGUUGCACAGGAAGGGGACAAAUUGUGCGUGUUGGCCGGCAUGAAGGUGCCCGUCAUCCUCAGAAAAGAAGAGCAGCAGGACUGCUGCAAGCUGGUCGGCGAGGCCUUUGUGCUCGGCAUGAUGAAUGGAGAGGCUGUGGACAGAGCUUUGAAAUGUGGGACCGCGACUGAGGACAUCAUUCUCUGCUAG